AUGGAGCUGGACUCUGCUCAGCCGCCGGCAGAUCCCUUUGCGCAUACCUUCAAAGCAAGAAAAAACCGGCCCAGCCGCCAGAUCAGGAAUCGUGACGAAGGGAAGGACACUACAGCUGAGGUGAAAGGUUCAGAUACACCACAGCCGACUGAAAGGGAUGGCGGGGAUGCUAUAAUCGCAGAGCUGUCGAAAGAAGACGAUAUUAUGGAAGAAGACGGGUCGUCGAUAUCUGUCGCUGAAAUCAAGCGCCUACGAAAGCAAGCAAAAUCCAAGAAAAUAGGAUUAGACUUCACAGUAGACAAGAGGGCUAAGACACCAACCGCUGAGGAAGAAGAGGCGAUGGCAGAGAAAGACGCCGUCGAUAAAGAGGUCAAUGCUGUCGUCAACCGCUUCACAGGCCAAACCGGCGCUAUUGUCGACGUUAAUGAGCACAUGAUGAAGUAUAUCGAAUCAGAACUCGUCAAGCGUAGGAUGACCGAUGCAUCACAACCUAUCCCCACAAGCGAUGAUAGCGACACCGACAUUAAACGAGUUUAUCCCGCCCCGCUCACAUCCACAAAAAUAUCCGAGCGAAGAAUUGGGAAGUGGCCUAUCAGGCCAGAUUUUCGUGGUGCAACCCUAGGCAAAUUACAAGAGAUUGAUCUCGGUGCUGAGAGCACACGCAAGAAUGUUGAGAGGACUGAGGAAGCAAAGAGGCGUAUCGAAGCUGGCGAGGCGUUCAAGGAGCCGGAGCCGGAGGAUCCAAAGAAGAAGAAACGAGGCAAGAGAAGAAGAAAUAGUAUGGAUAUCGAAAGAGAUAAAUUGGUCGAGGAGGUUUUGAAAGAGUCGAGAUUGGAUAUCUAUGAAGAGCCAGAUCCUGCAACCAAUAAGGCACAAACAGAAGAGGAUGAUUAUGCCGCAGACGACAGGAUUGCAGAGCAAUUUAGACGGGAAUUCAUGGACGCGCUCAAUGCGAGAAGAAGGGGCAGAACAAAUAACAACAAGAAGAAGGAUGAUCCGAAGCGCCCGAGAGGUCCGAAGCUCGGAGGAAGUAGGGCUGCAAGAGCUGCUAUGCGAGAGAGUGAAAGGGCGGCGGGGAAACGAUAG